CCUACGCCGCUUAACAUUUCUGAUUCCCCAUCGCCGCCUACGCCGCUGAGAAGCGCCGUCUCCAUGAACAACUGCAGCCUACGGCGCCGCCUCACCCCAAGCGGCGCCAUGGAGGAGAAGAGCUCUGGGUCUGGGCAGAAGAAAGAAGCGAGCACGGCCAACCUGCCGGCGGAGGAUGCAGUGCUUGUUCCUUUAAGCGGCGCCAUGGAGGAGAAGAGUUCUGGGUCUGGGCAGAAGAAAGAGGCGAGCACGACCAACCUUCCGGCGGAGGAGGCAGUGCCGGCAGCGGCCAGCCUCCUCUCGGAAGACCUCAUCUUUGAGAUCCUCUCCCGCCUCCCCGCCAGAUCCCUCCACCGCUUCAAGUGCGUCUCCCCGUCCUGGCGCGACCUCAUCGCCAACCCCGCCAACCGCAAUAAGCUGGCCCAAACCCUCGCCGGCUUCGUCUACAGCACCUACGACAGGGUUGACCCCCGCUUCCAGCGCUUCCACUUCGCCAACGUCUCCGUCGGCGCAGCCCCGCCGGCCGACCUGUCCCUCCCUUUCUUGCCACACAACAAAUACUGGUACAUCGCCCAGCUGGACACCUGCAAUGGCCUCCUCCUCUGCCUUGCCUACAUGGCCCCUUCUCCUUCCACGGACAUGGAUUCGACGGUUGAACCCCAUUUCGUCGUGUGCAAUCCGGCCAUCGAGAGGUGGGUCGACCUGCCCCCUAUCCCAGAGGUGCGAAGCGACCAUCGCAUCUUCGCUCGUUUGGCUUUUGAUCCAGCAGCGUCGUCCCAUUUCCAUGUUCUUCAGUUUGAGGAGACCGUUCUGGAGAAACGCAUCACGGGAGUGAACAUCUAUUCUUCACAAACUGGAGCCUGGAAGCAUAGACAAAGCCGGUUGGUUGAGAGAAUUAGCCUGUGCACUGGCCUUACAAGUGUCUUCAUCCACGAUAUGCUGCACUUGCUUGGUGUGCGGAAAUCCAUGAAGAAAAACGACGAUGCGGUGCUGGUAGCAGUGGACAUGGAAGGGCAGGUGUGGAAGACUAUCUGUGUGCCAUCAGGUGGCUUGAGUUUUAGAAUUGGAUUGUCACAGGGGUGCUUGCACUAUGCUACCACACCCCUAGCUACUGUCGACAAGAACCAGAAGAAGAAAAGUAAGGAGAGUAACACACUGAUAGCAUCACUCUGGUGCAUGGAGGAUUAUGAUAGUAAACAAUGGAUCCUGAAGCAUAGUGUCAGCAAUGUUGAGUUACAGAGCGUAACUAGGGUGGAGUACAAGGUGGCUGCUAUUCAUCCAGACUGUGACAUGCUUUUCUUGGAUUCAUGUGUUGAUGAUACAUUGGCAUCAUACGAUAUGCAACAUCGGAAAUUCCGUCAAAUCCUUAAUCUUGGGGAAAACAAGGCAACACUAUUUGUACCCUAUGUUCCACUUUUCUCAGACUCGUUAGCAGGUGCAAAUGGGCAGUAGUGUUAUCUACAAAUCCAAGCUUGUGUUUCCACCAAGAAUUUGCUCUUCUGCAAGCUGAACAGUUUGUCUGUUGAUUUCUGAAUCCACCUAAAUUUUGCCAUCCAAUUGGCUGGUGCUCAUGCUUCUGCUAGCUUGAUUUUCUGUUUAAAGCAAUCCCUGGUAACCUUAAGGAUUAAGCAUAUUGCAA